AUGCUGGUUUUACAAGGCAGAAUAGGAGACCUCUUAGAUGCUGGUGUAAACCGCAGUCCUAGUGCAUAUCUUAACAACCCAGCAGAAGAACGGAGUAAAUACAAACACAAUGUUGAUACAGAAAUGACUCUUCUGAAGUUUGUAGAUGAUGAGUGGGGUUCAAUUGGCAGUUUCAAUUGGUUUGCAACACAUGGAACUUCUAUGAGCCGUUCAAACUCAUUGAUUAGUGGUGACAACAAGGAGCUGCUGCACGGUUUAUGGAAGAUUGUAUCAAAGAAAUGCUUUUCAGAAGGAUUCUGA